AAAGGGAGGUAACAGUUGAAGGGUACUUGAUGUGCAAGGUUUGUUAUGGCAUCGAGUGUAAACAUUAAAAAUGGACUUUUUAAAUCCCUUCAGUUAAAGAUUCCCAGUUUCAUACGUAUACAGAGGCCAACAGAGAUCAAAUGCCGUAGAGCGUUAACAAAUUCGACAAGUCAACACAAUGAAAAACACUGUUUUGAUAUUGUAAGGAAGAGGGACUAUGAUGGAUUUCUGUGCUCACUACUUCUACCUGAUGCUGCUCGACGCUCUUCAUUGGCACUUAGGGCCUUUAAUGUAGAACUGGCACAGAUAAAGGACUCCGUCUCCCAGAAAACCAUCGGUUUAAUACGGAUGCAGUUCUGGAAGAGCGCUGUGGAGGAUAUUUACAGAGAUGACCCUCCAGCCCACCCCAUCAGUGCAGAACUAUGGAGGGCAGUAAGGAAACACACAUUAACAAAGAGGUGGAUGUUAAGAAUUAUUAAUGAAAGAGAGAAAGACAUUGAGGACAGAGCAUACAGGAACCUUCAAGAGUUAGAGGCAUAUGGAGAGAACACACAGUCCUCUCUUCUCUACCUGCUGCUGGAGACUCUUGGUGUAAGAAACGUCCAUGCAGACCACGCCGCCAGUCACAUUGGUAAAGCCCAGGGGAUCCUGACCUGCCUCAGGGCCACUCCCUAUAACAGCAGAAGGCGCAAGGUCUAUCUGCCUAUGGACAUCUGCAUGCUGCAUGGCGCCUCUCAAGAGGACUUUAUCCGAGACAGCAGAGAGCAAAACAUCAGGGAUGUUGCAUAUGACAUUGCCAGCCAAGCUCACGUUCACCUCCAACAUGCUAGGUCCUUCAACAUGAACGUUCCACGUGCAGCCAUGCCUGCCUUCCUGCAAACAGUUGUUUUGGAGGAUUAUCUGCACCGAGUGAGAAAAGCAGAUUUUGAUGUGUUCCACCCCAGCCUACAGAAAAGAAAUCCAUUGCUUCCAUUUCAUCUGUAUUUACGUUCAUGGAAGAAGACCUACUGAUGUGUUUCAUAUCCAGAUUAGCUCUCUGUCCAAACUUGAGACAUAAACAUUGGCUGACGUGAUUAAAUCAUCAGCAGUGCUAAAAAAGGUUUCCCUUUUUUAAUGCCGUUACUCUAGACGAAGGAAAAUUUCAUAAAAAUAAAUUCUGUGCGCAAAGAAUCACAGAACUAAACAUUAAAUAUAUUAAAUGUAA